UAACAACGACCAUUAAUCUGGCUAGAUAACAUAUUAAUACUGAGUAGUAAUACAUCUAGAUACUGAGUGACCUCUUUGAUAUAUGAAACUUGUACCAAUUUUUUGCUUGCGUUAUUUGCUUUUAAUUGCUGUCGCUCAAAUUUGAUUGCUAGAUAACAGAUUAAUACCGAGUAGUAAUACAUCUAGAGAUCAUGAGUUAAUAAUUAAACUUACUUCCACUAUGAUACAGCUCUAUCAUUGGUUGCACUUUCGAGCGAGUCAUAUGGUCAAUUAAAAAUUAAAAUGCAAAAAGAAAAUAUGAAUGAAAGAUAAAUGAGGAGAGAGAAGAGGAAAGGGGUUCUCAUCAUAAGCAUUUUUAUUUUAUUAUGAAAAUAGCAUUCUUCUAUUAACAACCAUUAUAUUUAUUUUAUUGUUUUUUUCUCGAUUUUCCUAUCAUACCUCAAAUCCAAUGAUUGUAAUUAAUUAUGGUUUCAGUGGGUUGGGUGAACAAAAUGAACUUGACCUGACUCAUUCGUCCAAUUCCACCCAACCCACUCUAUUUACAUUUAAAUUAAGAUUUAAGAAUGGGUGCAAGUUUGGGUUAUGCAAUCAAUAGAUACCUUACCCAAUCCAACUCAUGUUAUAACUAUUAUCCUAAGAGUCGUAUCUACACGUAUUUGUGUUUUAUGCAAGCAUAUUUGUUAUGAAGUUUGGAUAUUUUGUCAUAUUUUUGUCUCAUGGUCUCACUUACCUAAUGCAUUCUUAACGUGAAUAUUUUGACUCAUAUUUAAUAUAAGGUAUGAUUCAAAUUGCCAUUUUCUAGUUAACAAUUUUUGAAGCAAAUUGCUUAUGAAAACUACUAUAUAUAUAUGUUGAAGCAAAUUGCACUUCAUCAAGAUCCAAUCUAUUGCUUCUAUGCAUUUUGAUGAUUUUCACUUCACCUUAUUUGCUUGAAAUUUAAUUAAUCAUAUAUUUUUUCUUUUAUAGUGUAAAAUAGUUUUUUCUUGUGUCUUGGGUUGGGUAUUACUUAAAUGUCUAGUCCAUCUCACCCAACCCAACCCAAUCAUAAAAGAAAACUCCGGAUUUUAAUUUUUUUUGUGUGAGUUUGAAUUUAGUAUGUUCAAAAUCAAAGCGUAUGGUUCAGUGUUUCAGACACCCGACCACACACACUCCUAAUUACAGUUAAAAGGUGACUCAUUUGGCAUCAUAACCAAACUCCAAUGUCCCCUUAUUCCCCAUUUUUCGCCACAUGAAAAAUUCGAUAUCACAAUCCCCCUUUUUUAUUUUUAUUUUUAUCCUUUUUAGCCCCUAUUACAACCCCUAAAGCUAAAAUAACUUUUUUUUAAUUUUCCUCACCACUAUUGUGAGUGGUUUACUUAGAAAUUAUUUAUCGCCAAAGCGGCAACGCCCCAACAGACACUAUUUCAGUUAUUGAAUUUAUUCACCAUACUAUUCUGGUUUUGUUGGCUCAAUUUCGCAGGUUGCAUUGCAAAGUGUGAUGUGGUUCCUGGCAAUGUAGCUCCUCAAGUGUUUCCAACUUCUCUGUGGGCUUCCACUCAUACUAUUUCGCUAGAUGGGUUAGUGAUGUUUGUUGAUGUCACUACGACAAGCGAAUUUCAAGGGCUGGUGGGGGCAUCUUCAACAUUGGAUGAGGGAUAUCAAAGGCAUUUCUUGUGAAAUUAUUGGCCGUCCAACAUGCGAUGUGAUGGUGUUUAACUAGGGACGAUACGGCCGAUGGUUUUGCAGGGGAUGCUCAAACUUUGUACUAAUGAAGGUCCAUGAGAGGCAACUGGAAGAUGCCCGGGGAGAGACAGUUCUAGAGAAUAAUUUUGCAUUGUUAGAUUUAUUUAAGCAGAUUGAGGCUCAUUGUUAACGUCGAUGUAACAAAAUUUCUCACUUGGUGAUAAGAAAGGCCCUUCUCUCGUUCCCUUCUUUAGUAGAGUUCAAUUUUAUUUCAUGGUUUUCAUCUACUUUGUAUCUACCUCUUUUCUCAUUAAUACAAAUGAUCAUUUAACCCCAAAAAAAAAAAAACAGACAAAUGUAGCAUUAAGGACAAAAGCAUCCUUACACCUAAAGAUCUCCAAAAUGAACAAAAUUAAAAAUGAUUUAAAAUGGAUGCUCUAUUUUUUGGCUACCACUUUCAGAUUGAGGGGUUCCUGCAUUGUUAUUGUGUUUUUCGGUUGGCAUUUUCUGAUAUUACGAUGGCUUAGGGUUUGUGCAUAUGGGUAUAGCUUUGUCUCGCUUUUGUCAUGAUCGCUCUUAUUUGUUAUCACUUGCCCUUUUGUCAGAUUCCAUGAGUGUCAAGAUGGUCGAGGUAAGGGUCUUACUAAAUCUUCCUUGCUCUGAGAUUUUCAAGAUUGACAUUAUCGUUGUGAAGCUAUGGCUCUUACAUGUCAAACUAUUUCGGAUAGUUUGACGGUGUUUUCUAAUGCUUAAACUACUCUAAAGUGGAUAGGGGUUUGGAUUUGUGGGGUAUGACUUCAUACUCAUGCUUUGCGGUCUAAAUGUCGGCGUGGUGAGGAUAUUUUUGUGAAGCCUCCUGAACUUCGACUUCACACCGUGAAAUUUUUGUGGUGAUGAUAUUUUGUGGUGAUGGCUAUGUUCAUUUUAUUAUUUAUGAUAUUCUCAGAACUUCGGCUUCGCACCGUGAAAUUCGUCUAUCUCUAUGCUUGAUUGUUUGUUCUAUAUGGAUCUUCGCACCGUGAAAUCUAUCCCUCCUAAGUGUCAUCUUGGGUUUGCGCGUGCUCUGAAAGGGGCAUUGGAUGAUGUCGGUGUUUCUCCUAGUUACCUCUUCUGGUGAAUCCGCUUACUUGCGUUGCCUCUUUGCAUGCUUAAGACCUUUUCUCCACGGAGUCAUCUUGACUGUUGGUAUGUUGUUAAGCCCCAUCGUCAGGAGGAGAGUGCUACCAGCGCUAUUCUUGCCUUGGGUGCUCGUGGCAGUUUGCAGAUUUUGCGAGAGACUUUAGAUGAGGUUCCCCUUUGUUUGCUAUGGAGGAGGAUCUUUAUUUGAGUGAGCUCAACCUUUGGCAGUGUCAGAGGAAAAUUUGUGAUGGGCAUUAUACUGUUGUUGUUCGCGUGCUUUCUUCAUCCAGCAUUGCCCCUUAUUCUAAAGCCACUCUUGUAACUUUACACGAUAAGCAUCCCGUCACUCCAUCUCCCUCUCUACCGACUUUAGCUAUGGAUCAUCAUCCUCUUGUUUCCUCUUCAGCCGUUGUUUUGGAUAUGAUUAUGAGCUUCCCUCGUGGUACGUCUUGCGGGAGGGAUGGUUUUUGGGCUCAACAUCUUAUGGAUUGUUUGGAUGGUGAUGUUGUUGCUAUCUCGGAUGAUUUAAUUGCAUCUAUUACUAGGAUGGUUAAUCUUUUACUUAAGGGUCGAUAUCCACAGCCCCUUGGUGAGUACGUUGCUAACGCUCCGCUCACGCCAUUGUUUAAACCAUGGAGUGGUAUCCGUCCUAUAGAUGUUGACUAAUAUAAUUCGGGUCAAGGGAUUCAAACUCGCACAAUAAUCAGAACACGCAUCACUCCAAUUUUGGGUUUUUCUAGGGUUUUCUUUAAGAACGCAAAAAAGUAUAGAUAAUGCGAAAAUCGAUCAAAUGAUUCCGAACUUGUGAGAAAGGCUAAUCAGUGUAUUCGUCGCUUUCCAUGACCAGAUGUGAUCGUCUGGUCGAUAAGAGCCUCAUACAAUCCUCCAGAAUCAUUGAAGAAGAGUUUGCAAAACAGUUCAAACUUGAACACAGAAAUCUGUCGAUUUCUUUUAUAGAUAAAACUUGAUGAAUGUUGGUUGAUUGUUUCAUACAAUAAAACUCUUCUCCUUAUAUAGGAGUCCCAAAAUAACCCUAAAAAUGAACUAAAAAUGACACUUAAACACUAAAUAACAAGUUCAAAACACAAAUAGUGAAUUAGCAACACUUCAGCGCCGCCCAGCUCGGCGCCCAACCUCAAUUCAUCAAAUACCCGAUCGGAUAUUUUGGUGUCAUGGUCGCGGGGCCUAAUGGUCGUGAUAGUUGGCCUGGCCCUCACAAUAAUCGGUCGGGUAUUUCCCUCUUCUGGCCGGAUUUUUGGGUUCUUCCUCCCAUCUUGCCCUAUGACUAUGCUUCGACCCUCAAACAGCUCCAACUCCUCCGACGAUCAUCUCUUGGUCACUUAGACCCUUCUCUCUGUCUUCUCAAAUCUCUCUUGCCUUCAUCUUCAGACCACGAUCAUUAGAUGUUCUUAGAACUCGAUGAACAUCAUGUGAGGUGAUCUCGGUUCCAUCAAUGACAUUGUCUAGUCUCUAAGGUUGGUGCUUGUCUUGUUGGUCCUUCUUUAUCUUAUUGUUUUUAUGGUCUUCAGUUUGGGGUCGAAGUUUUUGGUGGAGGAGAAGCUAUUUCGGAUGCUUUGAAUCGGUUCUUUGAGGCAUGUGAUGGUGAGUUGGGUCUUUCUAUGCUGCUGGACAAUUUUUAGAAUGUAAUUUAGUUGAUUAUGGGGCUGUUUUCUGGCGAGAAAACUUGCGUUGAAAUUAACUGAAAUGCACCUUGACUUCUUUGGACAACGAUCACUAAACAUGGUUCACACCUCUUCAAACAAAGUUCGAAUGAGGGUGUUUGAUGUUUACACGACUCUCGAGACAGAUCUACAUUAAGUUACUCCUACUCCUAUGGAGGUUCAGUUAGAGCUCCACAUCUACGACUACGACUAAAAUUGCAGAGGAAGGGAUAAAGGGAUAAAAUUUGACAUUGUGUUGUCUGGUGUGAAUUUGGCGAACCCUUUCUCUGUCAACUCCUUCUCUUAUUUAUAGCCUUGAAGUGGUAACCGGCGUAUAAAAACCGCCUAGAGAGUAACUUCCAAAAGAACUACUCUUUUUCUUCCUCGGACGUGGCUGACGUGUCAUUGUACGGGGAUAAUCGGCAGUUGCUAUGUUAACCGCUUGCCCUUUCUCUUGGAGCUGAUAUCUUGUUACUUGACUCCUUUUUACCAUGGCCAUUCCAGAUCUCAAAACGAGAGACUUAUACAUCUCGCAGCCGACAUGGUGUCUAGAUCUCGCGACGAGCUCUAUCGAGCUUGACGCCAACGUGGUCUAGACCUCGCGACCACGUCGGGCUAUUAGACUUGACGCCAACGCGGUCUAGAUCUCGCGACCACGUCGAGCUCUAAAUUUGAUGACCACAUCGGGCUCUAAAUUUGACGACCACGUUGGGCUCUAAACUUAACGCCAAUGCGGUCUAGAUCUCACGACCACGUCGGACUCUAAAUUUUAUGCCAACGCGGUCUAGAUCUCGCGACCAAGUUGGGCUAUAAAUUUGACGCCAACGC